AUGGCGCUGCCGAAGGGGCAGCCGACUGGCUGCCUGGAGGGAUGGAGACAUGCGACCUGGUGACAUCCUUCAAGGGCAUGGCGACGGUGGUCAGUGUAGGUGAGUAGUCAUACGGUGGAGGCCGGAUGCAUCUGUCAGGCGCGUGCCUAUCGCCAUCCACCGUACUUGUCAAGUAGUUGUCUGGCGUCCUCUAACCCUCAUGCUGUUCCCUCCUUUGUUUCUUGACCCGUGCUUUGUCCUGCACGUUGUCAUGGCUAAGCGCCAUGCACCAUCUGCCAUGCGCCAUGCAUGGUGUGUCAUCUGAAAUCCAUUAUGGCUUAUGUGCGUAUCACAGGGUGAUGCAAUAUCUUCUGUACGAAGACUCUUCCAAGGCCGGCGCUCCUCUUCCUUUGCCUCUCGCACCCAUCAGUCCCCCAGUAAUCCCUCAGUUCUGGAGUCACCUGCAGCACUACUUUUUCCUCAUCCAGCUCUCCGCUCCGCUUUAGGGCGAAUUCCUAGAUGGAAAAAUCAUUACCGUAUCAAAUAUUAGAAUUGUCAUUUCAGCACAUGGCAAAUGACCAGAGGAUGUGGAGUCGAUUGUUGCUUGGGCACUUCAUCCUGUCCUGCCCUGACAACUUGCUUUUCAACCACACGGCUAAGCCAGAAAGAUAUGAAUGCAUGCAGUAUGUAGUGUUAGAAGGUGAUGACGGCAACCACGACAGUGACGAGAGCGGCAGCGGCGGCGGCGUGCGGCGGCAACGGCCUGCGGCAACGGCGGCGGCGGCGGCGACUUCAACAUCAGAGGCGACUGCAGCGGCCCCCGCCCUUUCGGCGGCAUGGCCAGUCUCGACGGCGAUGGGGGCCCCCACGCGCCAGGCGUCGGCUGUGGCGAGGAGGGGACGCAGGGGAAGGAGGGCAGCUGGCGUGCGGGCGGUGGCGACGUCACAGGCGUCGCGCGGUCGGCUGCGGCCCGACGGCGCCGUCACAGAGCGGCGUCGAUGCCGCAGCGGGACGUCGACGCUGCGACGGCAGCACGACGGCCCGACACCACGGCAGCGCGUCGAGACGGCCGCGGCACGACGCGGCCAGCGGCAUCACGAUGCCGCCACUGCAGCAAAACGCGGCCGCCAUGGCCGCGCGAGCGAACGAGGGUGAGGAGUACGCGGCGGAAGCGUGAGGAGGCGGUCCAGCAGGGAGGAACUCCUCUGAUACCAUGUUAGAAGGCUAGCUUAGCUAGGAAGCUAGGAAAGGCAUGAGGUUUAGCUAGGAGGAGCCAUGGAGUGGCGUGAGGUUUAGGAAGGAGAAAAGUUGAGGAGAGAAAAGAGAGUUAGGAAAGAA